ACAAGAGAAAAUACCAAGAUGAAAUUGUUCUUAAUAAUGUUUGUGAUUCUAUUUGGCUUUAGUUACGAUAAAGCCUAUGGAAAAGGUUCUUUAGAUAUCGAUAUAAAACUGAAGGCUCUUAAUAAGCCUGCGUUGAAGACCAUCAAGAGUCAAGACGGAGAUAUAAUAGAUUGUAUCGAUAUCUAUAAGCAACAUGCUUUUGAUCAUCCCGCUUUAAAAAACCACAAGAUUCAGAUGAAACCAAGUAUUGAAUUUGGUGAAAAGAAGACUAAUAAAAUUCCAAACAACGGUUCAUCUGAACAAAUAACGUCUCAGAUUUGGUCCAAAUCUGGAGACUGUCCGGAUGGGACAAUACCGGUUCGCAGAGUUAGUCGAGAAGACAUAAGAAGAGCCUCUUCACCGUCUCAAUUUGGGAGAAAAUCUCCACAUAGAUACAAUUAUCUCGACAAUGCACUUCAUCAACGCAAGGGUAAAUUCAAUUUCACAGCUGCAAAAAGAAACCAUUCCGGCCCAAUCUUUCGGUCGGAGGCAUUUAUUGUCGCACUAGGGUUCAAUUUUGUUGGAGCUAAAUCUGAUAUAAACGUUUGGAGCCCUCCGAGGGUUCAGCCUAGCGACUACAGCUCUGCUCAGACAUGGUUGCUUGGUGGUGUCUCAUCAGAUAAAUUUGAGAGCAUAGAAGCUGGUUGGAUGGUGAAUCCAGGUGUUUUUGGAGACUACCGGACCCGUCUCUUCAUCUCAUGGACAAAAGAUGGAUAUAAAACCACAGGGUGCAUCAACCUCCUAUGCUCGGGUUUUGUUCAAACAACGAAAAGUUUUGCCCUUGGUGCAGUCAUCGAACCUGUAUCGAGUUCCUCAAGAACGCAAUACAUCAUCACUAUUAGUGUGUUCCUGGAUCCAAACACUGGGAACUGGUGGAUGCCUAGUGGAAACAACGUGUUGGGUUAUUGGCCGGGUACACUGUUCAACAGCCUCAAACACAGCGCGACAGCUGUGCAGUGGGGUGGAGAAGUCCAUAGCCCUAACAUAUUGAAGAAGCCACACACGGUAACGUCAAUGGGGAGUGGACAAUGGGCAAAUUACCUCUACGGAGAAGCUUGUUACCACACCAACCUUAGGAUCAAGGACUAUUCCAUGCAGCUCAAAUACCCUAAAUAUCUAAACGAGUACACUGAUGAGUCCAACUGUUACACUACAAAGCUCCACCGGAAAACGUAUAUGUCAGAACCUCGCUUUUACUUUGGAGGACCUGGCAGGAACCGUUACUGUCCUUGAUUUAAUCUCAUAUGUUGAUUUUGGCAAUUAGUUUUCAUUUCUCUCUUUAGUUA